AUGGCACCAGUGUGGAGUGUCGGAGAGAUUUCCAACUGGACUUUGCAUUAAGGGACGAGCGGACAACUGUCCCAGAAAAAUAAUUUCCUCCUUUCCACGACGCGUCAACGAGAUUUUAAAAAGGACGCUUUAAACAUGACAUCCGCUCGCAUUGCGUCAUCUAUUUUGCUCCUGGUGCUGAUGCAGACCGAAGCCGGGCUUUGCGCGCGGAGGUUCCGGGGCGGCCGCAACCCGCAACCACGACGCGCGCCGCCGCCUCCCACAUACCGGGCGGCGGCGAACAACCGGGGUGACACCACGGAGAGCUUUCCACUGGAUUUCACCGCCGUGGAGGAGAACAUGGAUAACUUCAUGACUCAAGUCAAGAACCUGGCGCAGUCGCUGUAUCCGUGCUCGGCGCAGAAGCUCGACCACGACAUGCGGCUGAACUUUUUGGAGAACGCUUCAGUCACCUGCAACGACGGAAGCCCUGCAGGGUAUUACCUGAAAGAAUCCAGAGGAAGCAGACGCUGGUUGAUAUUUCUGGAAGGCGGCUGGUACUGCUUCAACAAAGAGAACUGUGACAGCCGAUAUGAGACCAUGAGGAGGCUAAUGAGCUCAUCCAAGUGGUCUCAAACUAAAACAGGCACCGGGAUCCUGUCUCCGCUCCCCGAGGAAAACCCUCACUGGUGGAAUGCCAACAUGGUGUUUGUUCCGUACUGCUCCAGCGAUGCAUGGAGUGGCGCCACAGUCAAAACAGAGCACAGUGGCUAUGCUUUUAUGGGCUCGCUGAUAAUUCAAGAGGUCGUAAAAUCCUUGCUUAAAAAGGGCCUGGACAACGCCAAGGUUCUGCUUCUGGCUGGGAGCAGUGCCGGAGGGACAGGGGUCCUGCUGAAUGUAGAUCGUGUGUCAGAGUUGCUGGAGGGACUGGGGCACACUGCAAUACAAGUGCGGGGCCUGUCCGAUUCCGGCUGGUUCUUGGACAACAAGCAAUAUGACUUUACCGACUGUCUGGAUGCGAUCAGCUGUGCCCCCACGGAGACCAUCAAGAGAGGCAUAAAGUACUGGGGAGGAGUGGUACCCGAAAGGUGCAAACAAAUUCAUGAAGGAGAGGAGUGGAACUGUUUCUUUGGCUAUAGAGUCUUCCCUACCAUAAAAAGUCCGGUCUUUGUGGUCCAGUGGCUGUUUGACGAAGCUCAGUUGACAGUGGACAACAUUCAGCUGACAGGACAACCAGUGCAAGAAGGCCAGUGGCGUUAUAUCCAAAAUUUGGGCAUUGAGUUAAGGAACACCCUUAAGGAUGUCCCGGCUAUGUUUGCUCCAGCAUGCCUCUCACAUGAAGUUAUCACAAGAAAUUACUGGACUGACGUGCAGGUAAAAGGCACAUCCUUGCCCCGGGCUCUGCACUGCUGGGACCGCAGCCUUCACGACAACAGGAACAACAAAGCCCCGCCUAAAGGUUGCCCAGUACAUUUGAUUGACAGCUGCCCGUGGCCACACUGCAACCCCACCUGCCCAACCAUCCGAGACCAGUUCACAGGCCAGGAAAUGAACGUCAUUCAGUUCCUCAUGCAUAUGGGCUUUGACGUGCAGAAGAUGGCCCAGCAGCAGGGCAUGGACCCCAGCAAGCUAUUGGGCAUGCUUAGCAGUGGCAGCUAAGGGGACGGACUAAUGCACUAAAACACACACUUACAGUAUGUUCAAGCUAAAGCCCAAGUAGGGUUGUGGCUGUUUUUUGUUUUUUUGGCCAGUAUCCUUACCUGAUACCUCCAACCACCCUUUUUACAUAGUUUAUCCCCUUCUGAUCUACUGUUGUUAUGAACCUCAACUUUAAGAACAGGGCUCAUACAUGUCCCAUAACCCCUUCCCUCACAACUCACUGCUGGUCACAAAUACUGGGGUUCCAGACAAGGUACAACUAUUUAUGCUCAAAUUGUAAUCCAGUUUUAAGGAUCUUAAUGCUUUGUUUGAUAUUGUGGAUUUAAUUAUGUUAAAAACACAGUGUCUUCUGUUGACUUGACGACUGUAGCGUCAUAAUGAGCUAUACACACACCAGAGUGCCAUGUAAACCCCCCACAAAAACAUACUGUAGUCUUGUAAGGUACAGUACUUUUACAAUCCUCAGAUUAAGGCAAUGCACAUCUAAAGGGAGACAAAUGUUAUGUAUUGUACAUGUUUAGAGUAUUUGUAUAGGUUCUUUCAAGUGUUCACAACUCCAUUAUUAUGUAUUUCAUAAUAGAGAAUACCUUUUAAUAUAAUGGCAAAGCUGUAUGUAUUGAUGUCUCUAUAAGUGAUGUCUUUAAAGGACCUCGUUCUCACACCAUCCACAAAAGGAACGGUAUUACUAAUUGUAAUUUUAUUCUGUAACAUAUUUUUAACAGGAGAAACUACAUUGGUUAUUUACAUAUUUAUUUUGUUAUGUAAAUCAUAUUUAUAAGUGCUAUUUUUGCAAGGAAGUGAUUCUUUGUCAAUUGUAAAUACAUGGGUGUGUUUUUCUCUUUGUGUUGACUACACGUCUUUGUAUCUGACCGAAAAGAAAAGACACAUUACAUACGUACAAAAGAAA